UCCGUGUCCCACAGCAACAGGAACACCACGGGGACGUGGCAGUGUUCCUGUGACAUCACAGCAGCAGCUCACGCAGAAACCGCCUGGGAGGUUCUCCUGUGUCACAAAGGAGCACAAGGAACCCUCCCUGGGCACAGCCUAUGGCCCAAAGGAUCCAAAAGGAACUCUGAAAAUGCAGCAAACAAGGACACCCGAUAGCCCAGCCUGAACACUGAGGAGGAACAAGGUCUAAGAUUGAGAGUGAAUGGAGAGGCCCCUGUGUCCAUCAGGAGAGGCCUCCUCUCGAUGCAGAACCACCCUGAAUGUUCUCCAGGGCUCCAGUGUGGAUUUUUCAUUUCCAGGGUGUGGCCAGAUGGAGGAGGAUGAGGAGGAGGAAAAGCCCCGGAGAUCGUGCACAGAGAGUGGCUGCAAACCCAGCCCAGGGAGUUGCAGGGAGGAAAGAGGCCCCCUGAGCCAGGAAGGUGGCCAGAGAUCCAGCCAGAGCUCAGAGCUGGUGGAGAAGCCUCAUGGCGGGGAGAAGCCCCACAAGUGCUUGGAAUGUGGGCAGGGUUUCAGCCGGAGCUCCCACCUGAUCCAGCACCAGGUGAUCCACACUGGAGAACGGCCCUAUGAGUGUGGGGAAUGUGGGAAGCGUUUCAGCUGGAGCUCCAGCCUGAUCCGGCACCAGAGGAUCCACACUGGGAAACGGCCCUACGAGUGUGGAGAGUGUGGGAAGAGCUUCAGAGACAGCUCUGACCUGAACCGGCACCAGAGGAUCCACACUGGGGAAAAGCUCUAUGGGUGUGUGGAGUGUGGGAAGAGCUUCACAGUCAGCUCUGGACUGAUCCAGCACCAAAGGAUCCACACUGGGGAACGGCCCUAUGAGUGUGGGGAGUGUGGGCAGGGUUUCAGCCGGAACUCCCACCUGAUCCAGCACCAGAGGAUCCACACUGGGGAACGGCCCUACGAGUGUGGGAAAUGUGGGAAAAGCUUCAGGCAGUACUCUAGCCUGAUCCAGCACCAGGUGAUCCACACUGGGGAACGGCCCUACACCUGCUUUGAAUGUGGGAAGAGCUUUGGUUGGAGCUCUGAACUGAGAACCCACCAGCGCAUCCACACUGGGGAGAGGCCCUAUGAGUGUCCCCAGUGUGGGAAAAGGUUUCAAAGGAGCUCCGAUCUCCUCCUACAUGAACGGAUUCACACAGAGGAGAGGCCCUUCCGCUGCCCUGACUGUGGGAAGGGCUUCAAGCACAACUCUAGCCUCACCAUCCACCAGCGCAUCCACAGUGGGGAGAGGCCCUACGAGUGUGGGGAGUGUGGGAAGAGCUUCUCCAUGAGCUCAACCUUAACCCAACACCAACGGAGGCACCACUAAGGGAAGCCCUGUGAGUGCCCCAAGUGCGGGAAGAGCUUUGUACGCUCCUCCCAACUCCAUCUUUAAUGGGAGGAUCUGUGUUGGAUGAUCCCUAGUGACCACCAUUGGGCAGAGCCCUGUUGCCCCCUCAUUGGGAAUAAAACAGAGAGUAAAACAAUGGAGCUGGUAAAGGGACCUGAUAUCUGAGGCCUGACUGAGCAGAAACUAUGGGAGACACAGACACAGUUUAAAUCUCCCUGGGCAAGAAGUGACCAGUCAACCUGUUGUGAGACUUUGUGAUAAGAUAAUGUUCCCAGGUGAUGUGAUGUCAUGAAGAAUGUGUAACCAAUGGGAAAUUGUUACCAAAACUAGAGCCCUAUAUAAGCACCAUACAAGUAAAACCCUAUAUAAACACCUGGUACACUCAAUAAAAUUUACUUCUGAUCUAAACUCA